CAAAAUACAUGGCUACAUUUAGCUUCAAGGACUGCAAGCUAAAAGCUCGGCGAGGCUCUGACGAACUUGCGGCAUUGCUGCUGUCAUGGGGGCGUCAAGCUCCAAGCCAGCGCCACACAGGAUCGAGCCGGAGGCUACAGGAGUGGAGGUUUUCCAGAAUCCGACGUCUGAAGCUCCGCAAGAGAGCAAAAAGCGACAGAAAGCCGUCGCUCCAACUCAAGGGGCCGCAGUACACGUUGUGCGAACAAUUAUGCAAGAGUCAAUGCUAACAGCCAGUGGAUCAGAGACCGCGAAAGAGGACAAACAGGCAGCAAAAGAGGAAAAGCAAAAGAAGAAACGACGUCGCAGCAAAAAGGAAAAGAACAAAACAGAGCCACCGAAGUUGGUGCGGGCACAGACACAACUGAAUGAGCUUAAGAACGUCAAGCCGCUGCUGCAGCAAACCCCCCAGGCGAGACAACAGCACUUUGAACAGAUCCAGGUCGCAUAUGCGCUGGAUGAAGAGGCGAAGAAGGCUCCAUCAUCCGAUAGUCGAUCACGAUUCUUUCACUUCGAAAGCUGGCGAAAGUCACCACAGUUACCUUCUGGUAAAGGUGAUUCAUCGAUGGCCGAAUCAGCAACUUCAUUAGCACGCUCUCAGUCGAACGGAGUAGCCCGACCUUGUAGUCGGAAUUCAGUAUCAAAUGACAUAGAAGAUAUCGAAGACAGUCGCGAUCUAAGUGACGUUGAGACGAUACCUCUACCACCGGUAUCAAGAAUGACAGCAAUAACAGCACCAACAAUAACUACGACACCAAAUUUCCUGACAGCUUCCAACCAAGUAGAAUAUGGUCGCCCAGACAUUCAAACAACCCCAGUUAUCCGUGUCAAAACGAGCGACCGACAGACUCCUGAAAGAGCCAAGCAUUCCUUACGAUCCCAGCGCUCAGACCUCCGCCUUGAUGACGUAGAUGAAGACCUCAUGGAGCAUAUUCUAACGAAUGAUUAUCAUUGAGCAUUCAACACCAAUAUUUUUAUUAGUGCUAGUACUAUUUUAUAUUUCAAG